GUCACAGCAUUGCCGACCGAUCAAUUGGACUUCGACGAAUUCAACGAUAUUAUUCAUCGAAGAAAUCGUAGCCCAAAAAAAAAGACAUGAAAAUGUCAACGGCUGUCAGCUCAAUUAUCGUGAUUCAUGACGCGCCGCGCAGCCGGAGCUUUUCCUCCUGUGGGUCUCGGCCGAGAUGCUAUGAUUUCGUCAUUGGUACUUCACCCUGACGACCCUCGUCAUCGCUGCGUUCCUCCGACUUUGAAGACGACGUUCAUUGUGUCUUUGUAACGAGUAUUUACGGUUGCUUUUUUAUGACAUUGGCUCCUGCAGUCUUCGUCAAGAGUAGCUCGUCUGGCCCGUUUUGUACAUUGGAACAUGCGUUAGCCCAACCAACGUCAUGAUGCUCUCAACUACCUCAUCGACUGCACGCCUUCCCCUCCGCCAGGCUAGACCGUUUAUUAACGGGCUGUCCCAGACAGCAGCUCGCCUUCUAAGUUCAAUUUCCGUUGGAUCAUUUUCAAAAAGCACACCCCACUCUCUACCAGCCAGACUUCACGACUUCUUUCCCACGUCACUUCAUCGUCCACUUCCAACCAUUCCGUUAUCAACAACAACAACACAAACAUCCAGCAUGUCAACCCAAAGCAUUGCAGCAGCCAGCCAUGGCGAUCUCAACCGCAACAGCCUGUUUAACCUGAAGGGCCGUGUUGCCCUCGUCACCGGAGGCGGCAGUGGAAUUGGCCUGAUGAUCACCCAAGCCCUAGCCGUGAACGGCGCAAAGGUCUACAUCACAGGCCGCAGCGAAGACAAACUCAACAAGGUGAAGGAGACGUACGCAAAGGACAUCGAGGGCGAGAUUAUCCCGCUGAGCGGCUUCGACGUGACGAGCAAAGACCACAUCGGCAAGCUGGUCAAGGAGAUCGAGUCCCGCGAGAAGUGCCUUUGCGUCCUUGUCAACAACGCCGGCAUCAGCAGCAACACCGUCACGACCGAGACCGACUCGACGCCGGAGCUCAGCAAGAACCUGUUUGACUCCGAGGGCGUCGACUUCAACGACUGGCUCAACCCGUACAGCACAAACGUUGCCGCUGUCUACUUCACAUCUGCCGCCUUCCUCCCCCUCCUGCAAAAGUCCUCCGACCUGCACGAGGGCUGGUCCGGCACCAUCCUGAACAUCACCUCCAUCUCGGGCAUGAUCCAGAAGGCGCAGCACCACUUCGCGUACAACGCCUCCAAGGGCGCCGCCAUCCACCUCACGCGCAUGCUCGCCUCCGAGGUCUCGUCCAACGGCCACAAGAUCCGCAUCAACAGCCUGGCGCCCGGCGUCUUCCCCUCCGAGAUGACCGCCGGCGAGUCCGACGAGUACCAGAAGAGCCACAUCCCCAAGGACAAGUACGAGGGCAAGUUCCCCGCGUCCCGGCCCGGCAGGGACGUCGACAUGGCGCAGGCCGUGCUGUUUGCGGUUACGAACCAGUACCUUAAUGGCCAGAACUUUGCUGUUGAUGGCGGAUACACCAUUGCUGCGGGUCUAUGAGGCAGGUUUGACCAGGAAACCGAAAGACAUGUUGUCACGUUUUCGUUUUGAGAAUUAAAAGCGAGGCAUUGCUGGGCCAUAAAUGAAACCUCACUCAAACCUUCAUAAUCGAGAGCUGUAGCCAGGGAUUCCUGGAGUUUCUUCGGGUCUUGAUCAUGUACAUCCAUGUGAGGAGGCAGACAAUCACACACGAGGUGGAGCUCCGCCGUAACUAAACUUAACUGACCGUUUCGCGUUGGGCAUACUGGCCUUACCUGAGCGGAUUCUGUACCGAA